AUGAUGAUAGGCCAAGAGUUACAGGUAAUAGUAGAAAAAUUGGACUUCCACAUCUGUCCUGUGAAGUCAUGCACAAAAGCUUUUUUAGAUGUUAAUUGUCUGACCGACCAUGCUAAACAUCAUGAAAAGAUGUUCCAUGAUCAUAUGGCCAGUUCAUUUGUGGAGAUAGAACGGGUAAAAAUAUUUCAAUGUGACAAUUGCAGACAAUGCUUCUUGAGUAAAAAUAAGUUUUUCUUACAUAAGCUAAUACAUAUAAAUAAAUCUCAUCUAAACACGAAUAGAAAUGAAAAAAUCGGCGUCAAUGGCAAAGUAAAACCUUAUAAGUGCUCUGAAUGUGAAUACGAGUUUGUAGCCAAGAGUACUCUAGAAGCCCAUUCCAUUUGCCAUCAACCAUUCCCCCAUAUCUGCCAUUGUGGCGUUGGAUACUACCAGCUAGAAGACCUAAAGAGCCAUAAAAAACUCGUGCACCCUGUCCAGAAGACGGAAAACACAAAACCAAUAAAUAAUGGCAUAAAAAACUUGUCUCACACUAAUUCUAAUAAGAAAACCCAUGGUCCAAUAUUGAAAGCAGAACUAAAAUUUCGUCAAACUCUUCCACCUUUAGAUGUUGACUUUAAACGGAUCAACAAUGGCAAAUACCAAUGCGGUGAUUGUAUGAAAAGUUUUUGCUCUAAAAUAUCUGCUCAGAAACAUUACCGUGCCUUACACAGAGGUGAGCGUCCAUACAUUUGUCAUGUAUGUGGCAAAGGUUUUAGUCAGAGUUCUGGACGUAGUAAACACCUUCUUAUCCACGCUGGAUCUAGGGAUUACAAGUGUCAGUAUUGUCCAAAACCAUUCCGGACUUUUCAUAGUCGACAACUACAUGAACGGACUCAUACCGGGGUGAAACCAUAUCAAUGUACUUAUUGUGAGAAAGCUUUCAGCGAUCCCAGCGCCUUCCAGCGUCACACACGAAUACAUACUGGGGAUAAAAAAUAUGUAUGUCCUCACUGUCCUAAGGCCUUCACUGACAACAGUGCACUAUAUGUUCAUAGAAAAAGACAUGGGCUUGAAAGGAAUCAUGCUUGCAAGAAAUGUGGGCAAAAGUUCUACACCAAGGCUGACGCUCGGAAACAUUACGAGGUGACUUUACAUAAGUUCAAUCAAAGCUCACCUAUACAGUACAGGUUAUUAAGCGGGUAA